UUUGUACACUUGCCAUCUAAUGGUUGGACUUCGUUCACUCGUGUCUCUGUUAUUUCCCACCGAUGGUCGAAUCGCUGUCUUGUAUCAAGAGACAGAAAUCCCAGCUUACCGUCAAAAGAGAAAGCUCCGAGGCCAGAGACACACAGUGCCACGAGAACAGACUUAACGCACUUUGAAAUAGAUGAAUAUUCGUUAAGAUUUAACGCAAAGUUAAAAGGGGGGAAGAAGGAAGGAAUCAGUAUGUACACUGUGAGUUGGAGGAAAGGUCCUGUCCCGUGUUGAGCUAGCAGGGUUGCCAGAUUGUAUCGCUGCAAAUCCAAACUAACCAGAGCAGAUGCAGCUCCUCGUCAGACUAGUAACAUUAGAAUUUGACAUUCCACAGGAGUGCGGAUAUCGCUGUAUGUUUGACGGGGCAGGUUAGGACGUUUUCGCACUUCAGCCUCAAUCCUCUUUGAGUGUGACAAGGUCACUGAGUCCCAGCCGAUGCCUGGCUAAGCCUGAGCUGAGAGGAGAUAAACCAGUGAGCGCGACACAAGCUGCCGAUUGAGUGUGGGUCACGUCCACUGGAUGGAUACACGCACACUUUAUAGAUGGCACAGUGGGGUGCCAUGUUCUCAAUAAUUGCUGCUCUCGGAGGAGCAGCGCUCUUAGCCUCCGUGCACAAGAUCGAUGAGGGACACACUGGAGUUUACUACAGGGGCGGGGCUCUCCUGACCACCACCAGUGGCCCUGGUUUCCAUCUUAUGCUUCCAUUCAUAACCACAUACAAGCCUGUUCAGACGACGCUGCAGACGGAUGAAGUGAAGAAUGUACCAUGUGGCACAAGUGGCGGAGUGAUGAUUUACUUUGACCGCAUAGAGGUGGUGAACUAUCUCGUUCCGUCAGCAGUUUUCGACAUAGUGAGGAACUUCACGGCAGACUACGACAAAGCUUUGAUAUUCAACAAGGUGCACCAUGAGCUCAACCAGUUCUGCAGUGUUCACUCACUGCAGGAGGUCUACAUCGGCUUGUUUGACCAAAUUGAUGAAAACCUGAAGUUGACGCUGCAAGAGGAUCUAACAUCCAUGGCCCCUGGACUUAUCAUACAGGCGGUCCGUGUGACAAAACCCAUUAUACCAGAGAGCAUUCGCCGAAACUACGAGCUCAUGGAGAGCGAGAAGACAAAGCUGCUGAUCUCUCAACAGACUCAGAAGGUUGUGGAGAAGGAGGCAGAGACGGAACGGAUCAAAGCUGUGAUCGAGGCUGAGAAAGUGGCACAAGUGGCAGAGAUCAAGUUCUCACAGAAAGUCAUGGAGAAGGAAACCGAGAAAAAGAUCUCUGAAAUCGAAGACGGUGCAUUCCUGGCCCGUGAAAGAGCCAGAGCAGAUGCAGAGUUCUAUACAGCACAGAAAAUUGCUGAGGCCAAUAAGGUGAAGUUAACACCAGAGUAUCUGCAGCUAAUGAAGUACAAGGCCAUCGCCACCAACAGCAAAAUCUACUUUGGUAAUGAAAUACCCCAGAUGUUUGUGGACUCUGGCUCUGCAGGGAGCUCUGUCAAGGUCUCUGCUGCCAUGGACUCUGUGGGUGAGCAGUAAUGCAGGACGUGGAUGAAGUAGUGGGAUGCACAGCACUACUGUUCCUCGUUAGGACUAUCUGCUGGGGGGCAGUGGCUUUGUCCACGGGCCUCUGGCCCAGAGAAGCUCUGCUGACCUGGGGCUGUAUUUCUCAAACAUCUCAGAAUCACUGAUAGAAAUCACAUUGGAAGUUUGACGAUGGAGUCAAAUUCUUCUCCCUCGGAGAAGACAACUGUAGUUAUUUUUGAGGCUUCCUAUGCCUCUGUUCUUUUUUGAUGAGGAAUGACACCAAGUAGACUAGAAUCAUAGUUUAAGGUGAGAAAAACUAAAUGAAAUGGCAUCACCUGUGUGUAUAUGACAAGCUCCUUUUUAAAAUUGAGAUUUACCCAAACUGUCCCCUGUUGCUGCACAGCUUAAACGGUCUGUGAACCCAGUCACAACAAAGAAUAUCCCAAAUCCGUUACUACUUCUGUGUUAAACUGUGUUAUGUGACAUGUGUCCUAAAUGAGCAUUGAAGCAUUAAGGUGAGAAAAACCAACCUGUUGUUCUGAAGAUGGAAAGGCAAAAAUAUUUUCUAAUCUAUUAUUUGUAACGAAUACAGUUGUGAACUACCAAAAUCCUUGUUAGUUUAUCUGCAUUGUCCGCUGACCAUUCGCAUCUCUAAGCCUCAUCACUCUAUAAGUACAUUUUAACACUUCUUGCUACAUGCUUUCUGUUCUUGCGUGGCUAUGCAUUUUACAAGUUAGUUAUUUUCUAAACCCCCUUCAUUUCAGACUGGUCUACAAAAGCAGGCUUCUCAUUUCAAGCAUAUUUCUGUAGCUGUCACUAGCAGAAAAAUGAUGAUCAUAUUCAGGGUCAUAAUUUUAAUUUGGGUUAUUACUUGAAAAGGUUUACAUGCUCAUUAAUGUUCAGUUAACAUGUCAGUUUCCUCGUACUGUCCAUUCCUGCAAAUGUACCAAGGUAUUUUCAGUGAUAUUUUCUACAUUUCAGCAAGUCAAGUGCAGGGCACCUCUGCAGCGCCUAAAUCCUGGGGAUAGUUAAAUCUUUAAAAAUGUUGAAUGUUGAAAGUCCUAAACAAGAAGUAGCAAAUAUGUGUCACUCUGAGGAUGAUCCGUGAUUCUGAACUGCCUGAAAAAUACUAGCCCUUUUUAAGAUGUGUCACUGUAGACAACUCACAGGGAAGAUGAAUGUAUUGUUUGACUGUCAGAUGUAACAUCCUCUCUUCGUUGGUUUGAAUUAUUUUGUAACAUUUCUUUUCAGCCCAGAGGACAUUUUUGAAUAUGAAUUGAGUUUGUACCACAUUUUUGCUGUAUGUGUAUAAAUCACUUUGUUUCUCACACUGUACCUUUAGAGGAAAUGAUAUCUGUGCAACUGUUUGAUUUAUAUUUUUCAUUAGGAUUUAUAUUCAUAACUGAGCCCACUUGGAAAAAAUAUAAUUUUAAGUCACAAAAAGCAGCAUUUGUACUUUAGUUUUAUAACCAAACAACAGACAUGUCACCUCAGCUACAUUCAGUAUGUUGGGUUUUUUUGGGGGGGUGUUUGUCCUGUAAAGAACUUACAGGAUGUGUAAACUAGUGAAUUGCCUGUGAGCCUUUGGCAACAUGACCCAUCCUCCCAGAGGAGGAAGAUGUGAAGGAACUGCGGUGUCGAAAGGCAUUUUAUGUAUGUCAUAGUCUGUAGGAGUCAGUUAGUCAGUGUGGACCCAUUUCUAGAGAAAGGUUGAGAUGAUCAGGACCAAAACUAUUGACAAAAUGGUUCAUGUUUGUUUGUUUCUCAGCACUUGACAAAGUUGUUUCAGUUGUUGCACAACAGAUACGUGACCAGAUUAUAAUUUUUCCAAAGAACCCAGUAGAGAUCAGAGUUGUGUUUUCGUUUCAUACUUUAAGUCUCAGGAGGAAGGUAGUACCAAAUUUGGUGUGGGCAGGAUUUGGCAGGCCUUUGGGGAACUUUUUUCCCCUCAGUGAGAAAAUAUUUCUGUCAUCCCAGAAUUAAGAGGCUUUUGUCCUCAAUUUGCUAUGACCCGGUACAAACAGAUGUUGUUGUCAGACGUUGAUCCAGUUAGCCCGCAGUGACUUUUGUCAUUUAAAUUCUAAUUUCUCAGAUUAAUUGAGAUUGAUGAUGACUUGAAAGGCAAAUGCUUUUGCACUGAUUUCAUUUGUUAAUGUGCAAUUAAGAUAUUGUCAUUUGACAAUAAAGCACUAUGGGUUAUUAUGUAAGAAAUCACUGGCAUUAUCCUGAUUUUUUUAAUGUACAUUUAAAGUGCACUGAUUAUAGGAUGAUUAUUAUUAUUAAUAAAACUGUUUAAAUAUGUGUUUCAAACAAUAAAGUUUAUAGUAUCCAAAUA